CGUAUUUUAUACAUCUCAACGACAUCCAUCUCAGCAAUUUAUUUGAUAUGAAAACAUCUAGACAAUAAGACUCCUCGGUUUCCAGAUUCCUCGAUUAAAUUACUGCAUACUUCUGAGCGGUUCAUAACAUACCCAGUAAUAACGACGAAUACCUCCCACUCCGAAGGAAUGGCAACCUCAGAACCAUUUCUCGAUUCCUUGUGGGAUAUGAUUGAAAAGGCCACUCAUUAUAUGAACACAAUCCGCAUACCUAUUCUAGGAGAGUGGUCUUUCCGAUCGAUUUUCCAAAUCGGUUUGAUAUGGUAUCUUGUGAUCAAGCUAUCAACCCGAAGUACUCAGCUUGAGGAGUACAGAAAACGGCUUCAUAAUGCCGAAGCGCAGAUUCAACGAGAUGAAAAAUCCCGGAAAGAAGUUGCAGAGAUAGCUACGGAUCUUAAAGGGAUGUUGGAAGGGAGAUCGGGAAUACUUGAGAAUGACCAUGAGCUGGCUUCGAUUGUGAAAAAAGUAGAUGGGAUUUCACUGGCCACGGCUACUGCCCAACAGAAAGACAUUUCUAAAUCGAUUUCUUCUCCAUCCGGUCCAAAAAUGACUAUUAGUCAACUCUACAUCUACCCCAUCAAAUCCCUCCGGGGAUGCUCUCUCCCCUCGGCCACCCUAACCAAAGAAGGAUUUUCCUACGAUCGCAAAUUCAUGCUCCUUCGCAUCCACGAUCCCAAUUCCAAAUGGGGUCGCUAUCAAAAUAUGCACAUAUCCGAGUUUCCAGAAAUGGCUCUAUUCCACACCUCCAUCACAGACUCCACUCUUCACGUAACCUACCACGCUCCCUCUUCCUCCCCCCAAACCCCAGUCUCUUCCCACCCAACCCUAACCAUUGACCUCUCCCCCUCCACCCUCUCCCACCUCCCAGAAAUCUCAAUCACCAUGCACAAAAGCCCCAUGACAGCCUACGACAUGGGAUCCACCUACAACAGCUGGUUUUCCCAACACUUCAAAUACCCCGUACUCCUCGCCUACGCCGGGCUCAACCGACGUCUCGUUCUCGGCAAUCUCCCCGGAAAACCCGCAACCUACACCCCUCCCACUCGCCCCCUCCUCCAAAAAAUUCCCCUCCUCAAUUCCCUUCUCCCCACCCCCAAACCUCCCUCCAUCAUCUUCAACGACUGUGCCCCCUACCUCAUCAUCACCCAAUCCUCCUGUGACGACGUCACCAGUCGUCUCCCCUCCGGGCCCUCGCCAACCCCUAAAAUGGACAUUACAAAGUUCCGCGCCAACAUCAUUAUUUCCGGUUCGCCCCGCGCAUACGAUGAAGAUUACUGGGGCGGAUUAACCUUCUCCUCUAAUUCCCCUUCCGAUGCUAAUUCCGACUCCAAUUCCCCCAAAGAAAUCAUCCUAACCGCCAACUGCGGCCGUUGCGUCUCCCUCAACGUGGACCAUGAAACCGGUACCUCCGCUCCCAAAGAAAAAGAAGUCCUAAAACUCCUCAUGAAAGAUCGACGCGUAGAUGACGGCAUGAAAUAUAGUCCUAUAUUUGGACGCUACGGAUUUCUAGGAAAUGGAGAUGUGAAUGAAGGGAAGGUGUUGAGAGUUGGUGAUGCAGUGCAAGUUUCGAGAAGAAAUGGAGAGAGGACGAGAUUUUACUGGCCCGGUAUUUCCACCUAAUUCAAUACAUCUAAAUUUUGGGAACUUUGUUAUAUACAUACAGACAGCCACCCCUAUAUAGCCUAUUUAGCAAGCAAAUUAAGAAUCUAGGAAAGACGAAAAAAAAAAGAUGGCUUGAAAAGAACAUAAACGAAUUCGUUCAUUCAUUCAUCAAUUCGAAUAUUUGCUCUAUCUAGUGUUUCGUUUUUAGGUAGGUAGGAAGAUUUAUUUAUUUGCCCAUUAGACUGACCUGCCUUACUACUCAAUCCAUUUAAUCUCAUUCAUUCACACUCUGCAGCUAUGCUUCUCUUGUA